CAACUCUGAAGUUCUGAAUGUAAAAACACUGAUAAAAUAUUUUAUUUGGAUUUUUCAGUUGGAAACAGUGGUUAAGGAAUCUGAUGCUGGUGAGGAUUGGCGGGUUGAUCCUGUGCUGCACGAGGCUUGCCUUCCUGUUGUAGAAUCUUCUUGCAAGGAUGUUAGAGGAGGAAAUGCAAGAGUCAUGAGAUGCCUUAUGCGCCACAUAGAUUCUCCAGAAAUGCCCUCAGCAUGUGAAGCUGCCCUGUUAGAAAUACAGUAUUUUGUAUCUCGAGAUUGGAAUUUGGACCCCCAGCUUCACAUGGCAUGUGUUGAUGAUGCUGUCAAGUUGUGCAAAGCCAAGAGAGACUGGGCUGAUAGUCCUCCAAAUACUAAUGUCCAGAGAGGGGCUCAAGUUCUCCCAUGCCUGUUUCGUUAUGUUUAUCAUCCAAAACCUCAGUUAAGGGUAAGCUUGCAUGGAUGCACUUUUGUUAUUGAUGACUUGAAAGUUUAG